UCGGCGGAGCGGGGCGGAGCGGAGCGGGGCGGCCAUGCGGCGGGCGGGCGGCGCGGCGGAGCUGGCGGCGGAGGCGGCGGUGCGGGCCGUGCUGCUGGCCGCCUUCGUGAUGAUGGAGUUUUUGCCUCCGUUUCAGCGCGUGGUACAGCCCGAAGAGAUGUGGCUCUAUAGAAACCCGUACGUGGAAGUGGAUCACGUACCCACAGUACCUAUGUUUUUCAUCGCAUUUCUGUCUCCCUUACUGCUCAUUGUCCUGGCAAGGGUGUUCAUGAAUGCUGACCGAGAAGACACGCGAGAAGCCUGCCUCGCUGCCAGCCUUGCUCUCGCCCUGAACGGGGUUUUUACAAACGCCCUGAAGCUUGUUGUGGGGAGGCCGAGGCCGGACUUCUUCUAUCGAUGCUUCCCAGACGGACGAGCGAACGCGGAGCUGGUGUGCACAGGUGACCCUGGCAUAGUGACCGAGGGACGCAAAAGCUUCCCCAGCGGACACGCUUCCUUCGCCUUCGCUGGUCUCGCCUUCUCUGCCUUCUACAUAGCCGGGAAGCUGCGCUGCUUCACUCCCGGCCGGGGCGGCAGGGCUCUGCGGCUCUGCGCCUUCCUCCUCCCGCUCUUCCUCGCCACCCUCAUCGCCGUGUCCCGCACCUGCGACUACAAGCACCACUGGCAAGAUGUGUUGGUUGGCUCAGCGAUGGGCUUCGUGCUCGCGUACCUCUGCUACAGGCAGUAUUACCCUCCUCUGAUGGACUCCAUGUGCCACAAACCGUUUCUGUACAAAUCCAAACAACUGCCAGCGCACCAAGAAAAGCCUGCAGCUUCCAGCUUUCACCUAGAUAUUUAGCGACGGGCUCUGUCCUGCCAGCACCUUUCCUGCUGCUCCUUGAGCGCCGGGGCAGGGGAAGGCUUUGGGGAGGUCGGUUGUGAGAAGCGACUCAAAUGAGGAUGAACCUGAAACCCAGCUGGUGUUCUGCUUUAAUACGGUUGUAAAGAGAUGACAAUCAGCAGAAAAUGAAAUGGUGUCUGACAGCAUCCCUUCAGAGGUGCUUGUUUCCCUACACCACGGUUGGUUUUCUCAGACAAUGGAAGGGUAGAGAAACCCAAGGCACAGCUCUACGGAGGACUCCUGUAAGUAGUUAUUUGUCACUAGUCUCCUCCGUAGAUACGUGUGUUCUUGACCAAGUCUAUGUUCCUGCGAACAGCAAAGGUGAGGCUGUAGCAGAGCACGUGUGCCCCUGCCAAGCUCAGGACGUGACAGUAAUGAAAAUGCCACCCCGUCGUCUUCAGCGUGGGCCACAUAAGCCCUCUGUGACCCUGCAACUUCAACAGAAGUUACAGAAAUAGCUUCGCUUUCCCCUAAAACUGUGCACGUGUGGAUUCUUCAGCCCCCUCCCCUCCCUCUCCCCCCCCAACCAUGCACACACCACAGUCAUCUACUUAUUUAUUUUGGCUUUUACUGGAAAAGACAUUAAAUAACAUUUAAAAUGU